AUGCCCAACAAAAAUUUGCUAAUUAUCGAACGUGAUGAAGGCUCAAGUAAUAGACGGAAACCGAUCGCAGAAAAUGGCUUUAUUGCCAUUUUGGACGAAAUGCUCACGGCGAUGCACGAAAUGGGAACAAGCACAGUUUCACCGCCUUGGGAGGGACCAUGGACAACCGUGUGUCCGCCACCUGGCGUCAACAAAUACACCAAAGUGUACGACCCUGCAAGGAGCGUGGUGCAUUGUAUUAUCACCGCACUGGACAUUUACGAUCCUCUCGAGAUACAUAUAUCUCAUGAAUCCCUAUCGACACCGGAAGAUCUUGAUAACGUUGAUCAACUUGAGACGCAGUUCAUAUAUUGGAUGAGAAAGCUAUGUGAUCGCAGGGAUGUGUGGGAUAUAGGGCCAUCUAUGGGUAAAGUCUUGGAUGAAAUUUGUGCCGUGGAGGAGAUGUAA